AUGGACAAAACGACCAAGAAAAAAAAUAAUACAAAUGGAAAAUAUAAGAAAAAUUGUAAAACGCAGACAUAUGACGAGGUCGUUUCUUGCUGCUUUUGCUUCAAGACCAAAAAGAGUGAAAAGAAAGGUUUAAUAACGGGAUGUAUUACGAAUUUAGGAAUAUUUGCAAUACUACUAAUUUAUACAUUAUUGGGAGCUUUCAUUUUUCUGGCAAUAGAAGGUACUGCUGCCAAAGUUCAUCAAAAAACUCUUGCAGCUACUUCAUACCAGGGGAAUGAAAAUCAGAAAUCUAUCCCUCUCUCAAAAGUUAAUAAAAGUAUUGCACAAGCAAGUGAAGAAUUAAGGUCUCAGACAGUAGAAAGUAUCUGGGAAAUAACUGUAUCGUUAAAUAUACUUUAUAAAGAAAAUUGGACAAGGCUAGCUGCCCAAGAAAUUGCACGAUUCCAAGAAAAAUUAGUAGCAAGAGUUGCGGCAGAUGUCACUGAACAGUAUGGUGGAGCUAGAACACUUGAAUCUGCACCUGCUUUGAUAACAGAUGAUUAUGAAUGGAAUUUUGCUAAAGCGUUUUUGUAUUCGCUGACGGUUUUGACUACCAUAGGUUACGGCAGCGUAGCACCAAAGACAUCAAUAGGUAAAGCAGUAACUAUCGGAUAUGCUGUUAUAGGUAUCCCCCUGACGCUUUUAUAUUUGUCAGUUGUCGGAGCUCUACUUUCAAGAUUAGCAAGAAGUGUUUUUACCAAAGCAUUAUGCUGUUGCCUAUGUACGAAAUGUGGAUAUUGUUGCCUUGACGAAGAAACAAUGGCUAGUAAAGAGCGAAAAGAAAAAGUUAGAAGGCAAGACGACUUUAGAACACAAACACUGCAUUUACAGGAACCUUAUUAUGUGCGUUCACCUUCAGGUACCAUAAUAUCUGCAUCACAAGCCAAUAGUGUAAGCACUAACUCUGUUAAAGACAAGACGCAAGGCUUAAGUUUUCUCAGAGAUUGCGAUUCUAUGAGUUGCACUGAUACCGAUUCAAAAGUUUCUCUUCGCGGAUUCUCAAUUCUUGCUCCAAUUUCUUUAUGUCUAGCAGCUAUCUUCACAUAUAUAUUUUUUGGAGCUUUGGUUUUGUACCAGAUGGAGGGUUGGAGUCUAAUUGAUGGUGUAUAUUUUUGUUUCAUGAGCCUAAGUACUAUAGGUUUUGGCCAUUUGGCUCCCGGAGUUACACAGAAAAAUGGAGCUUCGAGUGGCACGGUAUGGUUUUGUUCCAUAUACAUUAUGACAGGUUUAGCUCUAACAGCUAUGUGCUUCAAUGUUCUGCAUGAUGAAAUUGUUCAUCGUCUGCGACAUCACGAUAAGAUAUUAAAGGUCAAUGCUCAUAAAAUUUUAACACCAGAGUUUUUGCAACGAUCUUGA